UUUCCGAGCAGACGACAUCAUUUCAAGACAUUUGAAGAUGGAUUCUGUUGCUAGUUCAGGGAAGGCCUGCCGGUGGUCGAAAGAAGAGACCUCAAUCCUUAUAAGUCUAGUAACAGAAAACAUUGGCAUAAUUAAGGGGAAAUUUUCACCGUCUCUUACUAUCGUAAUGCUGACAAAAAUAAAUGUUGAGAUUCAAUAACAGAAAGUGUAAAUGCCUGCAACAUAGAAACUAGAAAUGUGACCCAAGUGAAAAAAAAAAUGGUUAGACAUGCAAAGUGAUUCCAGAAAAAAAGAGGCAAAAAGGAGAAGAGAAAGUUCAAAGACUGGAGGUGGUCCAGCCCCUCCAGAGAUUGAUUCAAAUGAUUUAAAGAUUUUAAGUGUUACAUCAGAUGCCUCAAUUUGUGGACUUGAUGCAGGCUACGAUUCUUUAUCAAAGCCAAAGAAAGCAAUAGUCCAGCAAGGAUCACAAAUUGUUCCAAAAAAUCCAGGAACAGCUGCUGAAGCAUGGGGAUCAAGCGCAGAUUUGCCUUUAAGAGAAACCAAUGACACAGAACAGACAUUGUAUACUGCUGUUGCAGUUACUGGCUCUUCAACAAUAAUCAAACAACCAGAUAAAAAAGUUAGUCGCCAGACUUACUUGGCAAGUCCUUCUACCUCAGAUUUAAUAUUGGAGGUUGAAAGGGAACAAUUCGAACUGGAAAGAUAAAAGUUGGUUAUAGAAAAAGAUAGAUUUCUUUUAAAAAGGAAAAGUUGAAAAUGCUGAAAGAUGCCAUGCAAAUUAAAAAAAAGGACUCUUCAAUUGUUAGAAGAAUAUGUGGACUUUAAGAAAUUAAAAUUUACACAUGAUUCAGAUGUUUGUGACCUUUCGCCAAUUAUUAAGUUUUAAUAUUUUUCAUCAGCAAAAUAUAUGUAUGACUAAAAUCUAUUGUGGGUCAGAUCUAUCACAGAUUUCUAAUCUAUGAUAAAUAUAACGUCAAUGCAGUCCAAUCUAUGGCAGAUUUUUUAGAAUCUUAAUCUUUUGCAUUUUUUAGUUUUCCAAUCUAUGGCAAUUUGUUAGUUUCUUAUUCUAUGACAUAACCAUUUGUGAAAAUAAAUAGCCUUUAGGCAUGAAAUAAUUUGACCCGGAAGAAUAAGCAUUUCUUACUCAUGAUGCAUGGUACCUGUUUGACCCGUCUAUUAACCAAGUACCUAAACAACAUGAAACGCAGGAAUUUGCCAUAUAUCUGGAACCAACCAUAGAUUUGAGUCAUACAUAUUUGACACGAUAUAGCGUUAAAUUUUAUGCUCUGUUUAAAAUUCAUUUUUACGUUGAAAUUAUUAUCCACCAAAAUUUACCAUUAGUUCAAAUAUGAAUAUGUAUACUUCUCAAAUACAUUUUCAAAUGUGAAUAUUUUCUUACUUUCUCUCUUUAGCAUAAAUAAAGAUUGCCAAAUGUAUCAUUUUUAAGACAUGAAAAAGUUUCCUCAUUAAUCUAUCAGGUAUCAACUCUGUUAUUGAUUUAUAAUUGUGGAGCAUAAGAUUUAUCCUUUUAUUAAAUUUUGAAUGAAAGUGAUAUCACCACUAACCUUUAUUAUGUUUAUAAACAAUUAAUAUAUUAAAAAUUUAUAAAUUGAAUCAAUUCUGUUUCACCAAAAUAGAGCAUUACAUUCUUAUUAUUUCAAAUUAACUUUAUACAGAUAAAAAGGAUAAGGAAAUAAUAAAGAAAAAUCUAUAAGUUUUCAUAGGAUGUUGUCUCCAAUCAUUAAAAUGAUAAAUGACAAAUAAACCAAAAAUAUGAAAGCUGAAAAACAAAUUUAAAUUGACAAAGUUGAAAUUGAAACUUUAGAAAAUGAAACGCAGUUUUGUCAAAAGAUAGCAAAAUUUUUAAAAAGAUUUUAUAUAAUGUUACUGAAAAACCAAAUUUUCAUUCAAAUUUGUUAAUUGUGAAUUAUUGAGUGCAUGCAAUGAAACAUAAUGGUAAAAAUUGACAUUUCUGUUAUAAAAAAAUAUUUGAAAAAUGUUAUAAAUAUAUAUUUCUGGGGAAAAACAGAAACAUUUAUCUGUACAUCAAAAAACUUUUUUUUUAAUUUUCAUGAAUCAUAUUUUCAUAUAGGCAUUAGUAGAAAUAUUUAAUUAAAAUUUCAGAAUUCGCUAAAUAAUUUGUCAGCUAAGACCUAUAUCACACCUUGUCUUUUCAGGUCCAGUAACAUACAAAACUAUAUCAAAUGUAAAAUUAGGAUUCCCAGUGUUCAAAUUCAGUUAAAAAAAAGUAACCUUUUUCAGUUUUAUACAGUACGUUUAUAUAAUAAUUUAAUGAUUUAUCUGUUUGAUUUUCCAAAAUAUUAAGUUUUUUAGGCAAAUCUUUGAAUAAUGCGUUCUCUAAGGGUUUGAACAUUAGCAGGUGCAAUAUCUCUAACAAUAUGGUUAUCUCCAUUGUCAAUAAAUUCAUCUGUUAAAUCUGGAAGUGGCAGUUUAUCAUCAAUACACUUCUUGUUUAAUUUAAAAACAGCUGUCACAACUAUUGCAGAUCUUUCAGGUGUAAAUGGUAAACAUCCUCCAGUUUUAUGCAAACACCUGUAAUAAAAAAAUAUCAAUAUUUUUUACAUUGGAAAUUGUUGUGUACAAAUAUCAACUGACAAUACUUCAGUGUAUUUUGCACAUAAAAAGAUGAAAAUUGUAUGAAUGUCAAUGAGACAACUCUACAUCCAAGACACAAUGUAGUUAUAUUAAGCAAUUACAGGUAACAAUACAACUACCUCAAUAAGGAGCCUUGGUGCACACCGAACAGCAAGCUAUGGAGGGCCUCAAAAUGACCAGUGUGUAUUUAUAUGUUUUCUUUAAUUAAUAUAUUCAACCUAAAAUAGUAGAGGGGCAUUAUGUUUCUGGUCUGCGUCCAACCAUCAGCAGAUCAGGUUAAAUUUUUUGGUCAGGUAGUUUGAUGAAGAUGAAUUCACAUCAACUUGAUACUUAGUACACAUUUUCCGUUCCUUUUGAUAGGGUCUUUCUAAAUUGUAAGCUAAAUCAUUUUAGCUUUUUUUACCCCAAUGUUACAGUUCAUUGAACUUGGAAAUAUGAUAGUGUUAAAACAGUACAUUUUCAGGUAAAUGUUUUUGGUCAGGUAGUUUAUGAUGAUGUAAAAUUCACAUUUAACAGUAACUUAGUACAUAUGUUCCUUAUAAUAAGGUCUUUCUAAAUUUGUUUAAUGUUUAUUUAAAAUACAUGCAACAUAUAUUGACAAAAUGUCUAAAA